AUGGCGUGGAGGGUCUUGCCUGUGCCCUGCUGCUUCCUGGCCCUCCUGCUCAUUCUCGGAGAUAAUGGUGUCACUGUGUUUUUCUUUUGUUUAGGCCAAUCCUCAGAGCUGACGUUCACCAUGGAACCGAGCGACGUUGUGGCGGUGGAAGCGCACCCGCUCAAACUGCAUUGCCAAGUGGAAGGAAUGGAGCCUAUCAGCAAGUCGUGGCGGAAGAACGGCGUGCUGCUGACCGACAGCGAGCACGUCUCGCUGCUCGCCAAUGGCUCGCUGUACAUCACCAAGUUCCAGAAGCUGCGGGAGGACGGCUCUUCCGACGAGGGGGAGUACGACUGCACCGCCCAGAACCACCUGGGCCUGGUGGUCAGCCGGAAGGCGAAGGUGCAAGUCGCAACUCUGUUGCCAUUCCACGUGCAGCCUCAGUCGAUGGUUGUGGAGGAGGGCGGCGUCGCCAGGUUUCAGUGCCAAAUUCACGGCUUACCAGAACCGUUGAUCAUGUGGCUGAAGAAUCGCAGGCCUCUUGAACCAAGUGAUGACAGGUUUACCUUCCUGCCGACGGGGGUCCUCCAGAUUACACGAGUGGGCGAAGAGGACAGUGGGAUAUACCACUGUGUGGCCGCCAACACCGCCAACACGAGGCAUAGCGAGGAAGCCAGCCUUACUGUGUCAGGAUCCCACUCCAAUGUUUAUAAGGAGCCAGCAAUCCUGGUUGGUCCUGAGAACCUCACACUAACUGUGCACCAGACCGCUGUCCUGGAAUGUGUGGCGACAGGAAACCCUCGGCCGAUCGUCUCCUGGAGCCGCCUGGACGGCCGGCCGAUCGGCGUGGAGGGAAUCCAGGUGCUUGGCACAGGGAACCUGAUGAUCUCCGACCUUUCCGUGCAGCAUUCCGGGGUGUACGUGUGCGCCGCCAACAAACCAGGGACGCGGGUGAGGCGCACAGCACAGGGGAGGCUGGUGGUCCAAGCACCUGCAGAGUUUGUGCAGUAUCCGCAGUCCAUUUCGAGGCCUGUAGGGACCACGGCUAUUUUCAAUUGCCUGGCACAAGGGGAGCCAGUACCUCAACUCACCUGGCUGAAAAACGGGGAAAUCCUGGCACCCACUGGGCACAUCAAACUGAAGAACAACAAUAACACGCUCACGAUAAAUGGAAUCUCCCCAGAGGACGAAGCAAUCUACCAGUGCAUUGCUGAAAAUGAUGCUGGCUCGACACAGGCAAGUGCACGAUUAACGGUCCUCUGGUCAGAGGGGCUUCCUGGGCCCCCUCGGGAUGUGAAGACCAUGGCUCUCUCAGCAACAGCCAUUCAAGUGUCCUGGAGCGAGCCCUUGGAGAACACAAGGGACAUUAUUGGUUACGUCCUACACAUCAGGAAGACUGCAGAUCCAGUGGAGAUGGAGUACCAGGAGGCUGUGAGCAAAAGCACCCUGCAGCAGGUAGUGACUGACCUUGAGUCAUCCACCAGCUACACUUUCUACAUAAAGGCUUACACCUCGCGAGGAGCCAGCAAACCCUCUGAGCCCGCGGUCAGGAGUACACUGGGUGAAGUACCGGCUGUGCCAGCUCUUUUCAUCAAAGUCCUGAACAGUACGGCCAUUCAGGCAGCAUGGGAAUCCAGCAUUAAGCUCGGUCAGCAUGAAGGGUUCAAAUUGUACUACCGCCGGAUUCACGGGGCACACUUCACUGGGCCCGUGCUCCUUCCCCGCAAUGUGACGUCGUACAACAUUACACAGCUGGAUCCAAAGAUUGCCUACGAAGUGAAGCUUCUAGCUUUCAAUCGCCACGGAGAUGGGAAUUCCACGGUGCGCUUUGUGGCUCUGCGAGAUGCCGCUGAAAGAUCUGUUGUGAACACUCCCUGUGACUGCCUGAAAGAGGAACAGAAUAGCAAGACGUCCACGACUGGCAUUAUCAUUGGAACCCACAUUGGAGUCACCUGCAUCAUCUUCUGUGUUCUGUUCCUUGUUUUUGGAUAUCGUGGAAGGCUGCUGAUGUGCAAAAACGUUGAAGAUGGCUUAGCAACCCCUCAGGCUUCAUCCAGGGCCCAGAGAAAUUCCCAAGGACUUGUCCUGAAUGGUGGAGCGGGGAGAGGCAGGGAAGAGUUCACAGCCAAUAGGAAGAUGGCUGAUAUAAAUGAGCUGGAAAGACUGUUUCCUGCAUCACUUCCUAAUGACCACCAGCACAAGGGAAUGACGUCAAGUAUCAUCUCACCCAUCCCUGAAGAGCAGCCCAGUCUGAUCUGCCAGAAUUCUGUAUUCCCACUGGACGAGAUUAUUGCGACUCAGGAACAGCACGCUACCUUUGAAACUGUUGUGCAGUGCUCCUUAGACUGCCCUGAAUUAAAUGUGAAGCAGCUCAGCUUUCCAGCCACAAAGGACAACAGUUCACUAACCACAGAGUGAAACCUCGAGAGGCCAAGUCUCAUUGCCUACCUGUAGACUUAUUGCUGAAAACGACAUGGUAAUAUUUAUCAGUUUCAAAUCUGAUGGCCUCCAUGCUGGAGCUGUCAGGCUCAGGUCAGCUCUUACGCUUCUGUGGUGAAAAUCAGGUCUGUCUGUAUCCUCAAAAACUCAGGCACGUUGUAAUGAAGGUUCAUGGGUACAGUUUGUCUUCGACCCAUGCGAGGAUACAGGUGGGGCCUGCCCACAUCAUAUUUUCGCCAUUUGCUAACAUUCGUCAGUUCGUUGGCCUGCUGUGUUCUGCAGAGUUAUGCGUUGCUCCGAAGUAAAAUAACCAUCACCUUCACCUGAGCAAGGACACAGCAGGUCUCCAUUGCAGGGAUUCAGUAGACUUUUCUUAGUGUAUCCAAUCUCAGCCACAAGUUCAUUAGAUUCAGCUACAGAUUCUUCAAAAGCAAAAGUGACUGGUGAGGCCUACAUGUAGGCUGCUAAUAAAGACUUGGAGAAACAGCUCAAAGAAAAGUUUGCUGAUUAGAAACUACCUCAACCGUAUUGAAUGUCCUCUAAGGAAGCUGUUCCAAUUGGUAUCUUCCUUUCUGAAAGUAGAAUAGCACUUGAUCAGUAACAGAUGCAGUGCUACCUCAAGGCCUCACUCAUCUGCCAUACGUCCCGAAAGAGAAAGAGAAAGCACUUCCAAAUAUAAAGAGAAACAUUCUACCUCAAAUUUUAUAGAACUCCAUUCUGUGUUGUGGGAUUGUUUUCCUUCAUUGUUGUAUGUGAUGAUUUAGCCAAAUGUCCAGUGUGCUUCAAGGAUGAGGCAUGGAAGUGUUGGUCAUUGCAUUUUUUUUUGUAUGUUACACUGUAUAUAGCCAUGUCUUAUGUGUUUGCAUUAUUUUUCACAUUACAAAGGUGUUUAUUCUUGUUGAUUGUAAUGGUCGUCAGAGAUUUGUUCUGUUCAUGGUUCUUUACUCAAGAACACCACCAAAGACAAGCUUCUGAAGAGAAACGAACAACGCUCUGACUUUCCGUUUGGCACGUAGCUGAGCGGAGCCAGCCAUCAUCCUCGUACACCUCAGUUCGAUCAGAGCACAUUCUAAGCAGGAGGACAACAAUGUGGCCAGUGUUGAGUCCGACAUUCCCAGCCCCGACUCCAACCAGACCUCCCAGGAUUUCAGUAACAUUCAAAAGAAUCAGUAAGCCCCAGAGAAGAAGGUUCACUGCUGACAUCACGCACUUCCACUCAGCCUCUGUGUGACCUCUCUUUGUGUGGUGGAGAGUCGCUGAUGCCGACCGGCCACG